AUGUCUGCUGUGCAGCAGCAGCAGCAGCAGCCUCACCACCAUCACCACCAUCACCACCAGCCUCACCACUACCAGUCGGCUAUGUCCUCGCAGCCACAGACUCCAGCCUCACCAGGAAGUGUCCAAAGAUCGCAGUCCACGCGUACGGCGCAUGUCAGACAGUCAUCCAUUAACCGAACUCAGACAUCAGCUGGUAGAUCUGAAGGUUACCAACAUUCCACCCGAAGGGAUCCCGAUCAACACUCAACUCGCAUGCAACCACCACCUGCUUCCUACGAAAGACGGCCCGAUCACAACAGACAACCUUCCAAUAUGUCUGACGCUCAGAGCUCUAUGGCGGGGACCCCUGGUUCUCUGGACGAAUCCGGAAGAUCACCCCAGAAGUCCCGAAAGCUCACCCUUCAAGGGGUGACAGGGUCCUGGGUUUUGGGUAAGACAAUAGGGGCUGGUAGUAUGGGGAAAGUGAAGAUCGCAAGAAAAAGUGAUGGAUCCGAACAGUGUGCCGUGAAAAUAGUUCCUCGAGGAGGUACGGAAAAGGAUCACUCUAGCAGGGCUCCUAGGGACGAAUCAAAGGAGAUUAGAACUGCGCGUGAAGCCGCUAUCAUGACCCUACUGGAACAUCCUUACAUCUGCGGGAUGCGUGACGUCGUCAAAACUAAUAACCAUUGGUAUAUGAUGCUUGAAUACGUCAAUGGCGGUCAAAUGCUCGAUUAUAUCAUAUCUCACGGACGACUGAAGGAGAAGCAAGCUCGCAAGUUUGGGCGUCAGAUUGCGAGUGCUCUGGACUACUGUCACCGAAAUAGUAUCGUUCAUCGCGAUCUAAAAAUCGAAAACAUCCUUAUUUCCAAGACAGGCGAUAUCAAAAUCAUCGAUUUUGGGUUGUCAAACCUUUACUCCCCACGAUCCUUGCUUGGCACAUUCUGCGGGUCACUAUACUUUGCUGCCCCAGAACUGCUCCAGGCCAAACCGUACCUCGGCCCAGAGGUAGACGUUUGGAGCUUCGGCAUAGUACUCUACGUUCUUGUGUGCGGGAAAGUGCCCUUCGACGACCAGAGCAUGCCUGCUUUGCACGCAAAGAUCAAACGCGGGGUAGUGGAUUACCCUGCUUGGCUAACUCAAGAUUGUAAGGGAUUGUUGUCAAGAAUGCUAGUCACUGACCCCAGACAACGUGCUACUUUGAUGGAGAUAAUGCAUCACCCCUGGAUGAAUAAAGGAUACGAGGGCCCCCCAAAAAAUCAUCUUCCCCACCGGGACCCAAUCACCCUUCCCCUUGACCCCAAUGUCGUACUUGCGAUGACGGGAUUCGAAUUCGGCAGCCCUGAAAACAUCCAGAGUCUCAUGACACGGGUUAUCGAGUCUGACGAGUACCAGCAAGCCGCCAGGGCAGCCCUGAGGGAGAACGCUGCCACUCCCAGUGUUCAAGAAAAGAAAAAAGGAUUCCAAUUUGAUUUCUACAAGCGCCGAUCCUCAACCAGUUCAAGAGAUGCACUCUCGGCCCCCAGUGCAGAGGCCCUCUCGCAUCCUUACACGGAUCCUUUGAGCGCAUUCCACCCUCUACUAUCGGUAUAUUAUUUGGUUAAAGAAAAGCAAGAACGAGAACGGAGAUUAGAACUCAGUACAGCUGAAGCUAGCACGGCAUUGUCAGUGUCCGGAAAUAGCAUCACACCUUACGAAAGCUCGGAAAGGGCACCCCAAAUCCCCGUUAUACCUCUUCCUGAGAUGGCUCACACUAGCGAUACGAGUUAUGAUGCUAAAGGAGAGUCUUCCUCACCAUCCCGGACACGGCCCCGGGCGAGAACACACGGGGAUGAGGAUCUCGUGGAUUCGGUGAAACAAAUGAGCGUUUCCAAUCCAACUACGGCACCAAUACAACCUACGGCUACGGUUGAUUCGAUUAAAAAGGAGAGUACUGCGGCAAGUUUGUUACGGCGAUUUAGUACCCGCCGCCACUCUCACAAGCCCGACUCCAAAGCUAUGGCCACUCCCGUAGUUACUGUUCAAAGCUCUGGCGCUAGCCCAGCAACCUCAGAUAUUGCAGUACCGCGGAAAAGUUUAUCUGUUCGAAGGGCGAGAGAUGCUGAGAUGGGUGGCUCACAGCCGAACCAACAGCAAUUCCUAAGUCCAGAGGCUGCUCAGUUUGACACAAGCAGCUCGAGCUCGUCGAAGAAAGCAGCGAAGCUAAGUAGGUCCACUAGUGUCUCUGAGGCUGACCAUCGACGGAAGAACGGGCUUGCGCCUAAGGCAGGUGAAUCCCAAACACCUCACCUUACCUCUAAGGGUUUCGAAAGACCCCUUUCUUUAAGUGGCCGCCCCGGUUCCGCAGGAAAAGCGACCGCUUCUAGGGCCAAUUCGACGGGGCACGCUAGAAGAGAGUCUUACUCAUUCAGGCGAGUACGGCGCGAAGAGCCUACUACUGUACCUAUAGACGUUCCCGAGGAGACAGACGCAGACAUGGCUUCUGCAGGAAGUACAGAGGCAGUCGGCGCCACUCCCUCGAUUGACCACGUUAAACCAAUUUUCCUCAAGGGACUACUGAGCGUCUCUACAACAACUAGCAAACCGCCACCCGCGAUCCGUGCGGAUCUCAUGAGAGUGCUCAGGGAAAUGGGAGUCGAAUUUCGAGAAAUCAAAGGAGGGUUUUCAUGCACCCAUAAACCGAGCAUCGAUCUUGCAACUGUCCAAGACAAUGUCCCUCAGUCUCCAGAGAUGCUUGCCACCACGUCCUCGUCACAUCGUAGAAAGUUGUCGUUUGGCGGGACUAGCGCAAUGAGUGCUUCUAUGAAACGUAGGACGAGAGGCGAGAACACGAACGACCUAUCAGCUGAGAGUAUGACGGAUCCUUCUAGCCAAAUCCAAUCCGAACUCGGGGGGAGUAUGAUAUUACAAUUUGAGAUCUAUAUCGUCAAGGUACCCUUGAUGAAUCUCUAUGGUAUCCAACAAAAAAAGAUAGCUGGAAAUUCAUGGUCCUAUAAGAACAUGAUUACGAAAAUUAUUUCAGAGCUGAGGCUAUAG